GUCCGGAUGUAGCUGACGUCACCACACAUUCUGUUGUAAACAUGGCGUCCGUGACAACAGCCACCUCAGAGUGGAUUCAGUUUUUCAAGGAUGCUGGGAUCCCAGCCGGCCUGGCAGUCACUUAUGCAGUCUCCUUCGUGGACAACAGAAUUCACAAGAACAUGCUGAUGGACCUCAGUAAAGACAUCAUGAUGGACCUCGGCAUCACAGUCAUCGGCGACAUCAUUGCCAUUCUUAAACAUGCCAAGCAGGUCUACAGGCAGGACAUGUGCAAAAUGGCCACAGAAGCCAUCUCCUCAGGACAGACCAGCGUUAAAGCUGAGCUCAGAAGAACUGCCAAUACUCCCGCCACUCGUAUGAUUGCCAAUGCUCUGAGCAAUGACUCCCCGCCAGCCACUCCAGCCCGUCGACCUGACAACCGCCUCUCGGUCACAGUGUCCAACAUGCAAGCAAACAAGAGUGGCAAAACAGUUGUAAGUCAGCCAGCUGAUGAGGGGAACGGUUUGCCAGCAGUGAAGCGCCGACGCGUGACAGCUGAGAUGGAAGGCAAGUACAUCAUCAACAUGCCCAAAGGCACCACGCCUCGUACACGCCGCAUCCUGGCCCAGCAGGCCAAGAAAGGUUUGAAACGCACCUCUGUGUUUGCACGACUUGGGGCUGAAUCAAAGGCAGACACAACAACAAGCAAUAACAAGCCCACCGGUGUGUUCAGUCGUCUUGGCAGAGGGGAUGAAGAGGAAGACGAGCCAAGGCCAGGCAAAAUGGCUGGAAACAUGGAUGUAGAUGACGAGGACGACAGUGACGGAGAAGGCUCCGUCCUCCAGUAUGCUGGUGUCCUCAAGAGACCUCCUCCCUCCCAGAAGAGAGAGCCAGCCACAAAACCGGCCUCAACUACCCUGCGGCGCCUGGGAGGCAAAUUUAAACUACCUCCCUCUGACACUCCCACCUCCUCCUCCUCUUCCCCUAAUGGCCUCCCCCCUGCAAAGGUUAGCGUGCUUCAGAGACUGGGCAAGCUCCCUGCCACACACCUGAGUGCCGCUGUGACACCCACACCUGCUGACACACAGGACAACAGAGUGACCAGCACCAGGCCCAAAGCCCAGGAGGGGCCGACCAUAGCAAGCUCCAAGGUCACCAGCAGCACUGGCGGCGGUGGCGGAGGAGGAGGGGGAGGAGAUUCUCUGUGUGCCCAGAUGGACAUUGGGGCUAUCAGUGUUUUUAAGAGACUGGGCAGCAAGAGAACCUAACACACAGAUCCCUAAACAUUAUUCAGACUCUUUCUAUGCGUCCUUUAUAGAAUUUGUAUCACCACGUUUUUUGCAUUUAUCCUAGCGACAUGCAGGACUGCAGAUUGGAGUGUUUUUACUUUUUUUAGCCCGAGUAUAUGGAUGGUUAGAAUGCUGCUUUGAUGCUUUAGAGCUAUGCUUAGAUAAACAUAGAUAGUUUUUUUUUUACACUUACGUCAUGCUGCCAUUGGAAAAUCACUUUUGUUUUAGUGUCCAAGCUUUUACUUUAAAGACUGAAAUCCCUCAGUGUAUAAUGUUGCUCAACCAGAUAAUGUUUCUCAACCAGGAAGCUAUUUGUCAUGUCUCAGUCAUAUCUGCCAUUCAUCAUUUUAAAAAAAUGAUAUGUAUUUAACUAUAUUUGUGAGCUUAAGGCAUGAGCAUGACGUCAACCAAGCUGCCAUAAUGGUGGUUUUAAUUUUACCCUGUAACUCCGCAUAUAAGGAUGCUGCUGCCUAAACUUCCCUCUUCUGACGGUCCUCCGUAAUGAAUAGAGCUGAGUGCUUAAAAAUAUUCCUCUAAGAUUAAUUACGUGGUCAUUUAGUAGAUAUUUGCCUAAAAGUGAAUUAAUUCUGAUGUUGAAGGUACAGAUAGAUGUGUUUCCCACACCUCAGGCAAUAUAAGUUUAUUCUUCAACACAGGACAGCAGUGGGACGUAAGACUAGCCAUGAUGGUUGAAUAUUUCCUCUUGUUACCUUUACCACCUCAAAAUUACCUCCUCUCUCAUGUCUGGAAAGUAGAAAAAAGGUUCAUGAAAUGGCUUCUUAAUUUCAGCCCCAGACUUGUGAUGAAAAAAGUACAUUCAGAUGGUUACACAGAACGACCUCUCUGAACACUUGAAUCAAGAUAAUAAGCACUGCACCUCCUCUUCUUCUUCUUCUGGGCUUUGUGGAGUCGAAGUUCUCACCUCUGAACUAAAGGAACGUUUUCUAUAACCACCUACUUGAAGGCCGGGUCAGUAGAAUAUUGUUUAUUUUGAAAUGCAAUGUAUAGAUUUGUUAGACUUGGUUUCACACAGCACAGAACCAGUUCUGCUGCAUAUUUUUCUAUGUGGACAUUCUUGUAACAUGUAUCCAUGUAAAGAAACUCAGAGAUGCCAUCGGGCCUGGUGUCAGGGGGCCACUGGAGGUCUCGGUAGGGAGUUCACCUUCACCCAGUGUGGGUCAUAAACACCUGUGUACUACACCGAUCAGGCACAACAUUAAAACCACGGACAGGUGAGGUGGACAUUGAUCAUCUGGUUACAAUGUUCUGAUGGAAAGCCUUGAGUCCCGGUGUUCAUAUGGAUGCUACUUGACACACACCACCCACCCAAACACAGAUGGAUCAAGCAUCUUUGGGGUCUUGUGUCCAUGCUCCAGCAGGUCAGAGCCAAGUCUGAUCCACGGUUGACCUUCAAGCCAUGGACACAGGACAUGUUUUGCAGUGUGGCAUGGUGUAUUGUCCUGCUUUAGGGGCCAUUGGCAUGAGUGGGUGCACUUGGUCUGCAACAGUGUUAGGGUGGCGUCCACUUGAACGCCAGGAGCCAAGACUUUUCAGCAGAACAUCGCAUUUUAACAAGACGAUCAGUGUUAUUCACGUAACCCACCUGUAGUUUCAAUGUCAUGGCUGAUCGGUGUAUCUUGGUCUGUCUUCACAUCAGAACUUUGCUACACUGUAAAUAUUUGAAAUGUUUAAAAUCACAUUAAGGAAUUUUUAUUGUCUUAAAAAACAAGGUAAAAAACACAUCAUGAAAUACCCUGAUUUUUUUAAAAAGAAAAGGGGAAAAUUCUGAAUUUGAACAAAGUGUGCUUGGAAAUGAAUUAAAAGAAGAAAAGGGUCCAAACAUC